GGAGGGCAAGAUCCCAGAAGUUAGUCUCACAAACAAAACAGCAGCGGGGUAAAAGGAAAUUGAAAAGGAUGUCCAGGACGCCCACCUGACGCCCACCUGACCCCAAGUGUCCCUCAACCCGGAAGUGAUUUUCUCCUUUUCCUCCCCCUCUACGGUUAAGAAGGGAGGAGAAGGGCUGCCAGGUCUGGCCCGGCAUGCCUCGGGCUUCCGGUGACCUCUGGCCCUUUUCUGUCGCACGCUCUUGCUUCCUAGCGUGCUCGCUCUCUCACCGCCUUCCUUACCUUCCUCCCGUUUUCCUUCGCUCGCUGCCUGGUGACUGUGGCGCCCGCGACCAGCAGAGAGACGGUGGCGGAGGACAUUCGUCAUGGCCGCCUCUAAACCUAUAGAGGCGGCGGUGGUCGCUGCGGCUGCGGCUGCGCCCGGCUCCGGGAGUGGGGUGGGCGGCGGUGGAGGUGCGACUGCGGGCCCGGGCACUGGGGGCCUGCCGCGAUGGCAGCUGGCCCUGGCGGUCGGUGCACCCCUGCUGCUGGGCGCGGGUGCCAUGUACCUAUGGAGCCGGCAGCGACGGCGCCGAGAGGCCGGGGGCCGAGGCGAAGCCGGCGGCCUGAAGCGCAACAGUGAACGGAAGACCCCGGAGGGCAGGGCCAGUCCGGCCCCGGGCAGCGGACACCCCGAAGGCCCCAGUGCUCACCUGGAAAUGAACUCUCUUGAUAGAGCCCAAGCAGCCAAGAACAAAGGCAACAAAUAUUUUAAAGCAGGAAAAUAUGAACAAGCUAUUCAGUGCUAUACUGAGGCUAUCAGUUUGUGCCCUAUGGAGAAGAAUGUUGACCUUUCCACGUUUUAUCAAAACAGAGCUGCUGCCUUUGAACAGUUGCAAAAAUGGAAAGAGGUGGCACAAGAUUGUACAAAGGCUGUUGAACUUAAUCCCAAAUAUGUGAAAGCUCUCUUUAGACGUGCAAAAGCCCAUGAGAAGCUAGACAAUAAGAAGGAAUGCUUAGAAGUGUUCAUUUUUAUUUUCAGUUCAGGAUAUUUAAAGGCCAAACAGUAUAUGGAAGAAGAAAACUAUGAUAAAAUCAUAAGUGAAUGCUCAAAAGAGAUAGACGCUCAAGGCAAGUACAUGGCAGAAGCGCUAUUGCUACGAGCCACCUUCUACUUGCUUAUUGGCAAUGCCAGCGCAGCCAAGCCGGAUCUGGACAAGGUCAUCAGCCUGCAAGAGGCCAGUGUGAAGGUAUGCGGAAAUACGCGUGUGUGUGGGAAAACUAGCAAAUAUCGCCAGGCGUAUACGGGAAGCAAUUCUUCACAAAUCCAAGCAGCUAUGAAAGGUUUUGAAGAAGUCAUAAAGAAAUUCCCCAAGUGUGCUGAAGGCUAUGCACUAUAUGCCCAGGCAUUAACAGAUCAACAACAGUUUGGUAAAGCUGAUGAAAUGUAUGAUAAAUGUAUUGAUUUGGAACCAGAUAAUGCCACAACAUAUGUUCAUAAAGGUUUACUUCAACUUCAGUGGAAGCAAGAUCUGGAUAGAGGUUUAGAGCUUAUCAGCAAGGCUAUUGAAAUUGACAAUAAAUGUGACUUCGCGUAUGAAACCAUGGGAACUAUUGAAGUGCAGAGAGGAAACAUGGAAAAAGCCAUUGACAUGUUCAACAAAGCUAUUAACCUGGCCAAAUCGGAAAUGGAGAUGGCUCAUCUAUACUCACUCUGCGAUGCUGCCAAUGCCCAGACAGAAGUUGCAAAGAAAUAUGGAUUAAAACCACCAACAUUAUAAAAUUUGGGGGAAGGAAAAUGACCCUCUUUUUAGAAGUUUUCCCCUCUCCAACUGAACCCUAAAGACACUGUCAUGAACCUGUUGAAUGGUGGAACUUAGUAUUUCCGUUUGUGCUGUUGUCAUUCGUCACACCUGUUCACGUUUAGGUGUUGUGGGAAGUGGCUGAGGAAGGCAGUGUGCGGUGUUGCAGCUUUUCUUCCGUGUGCAACAAAAGCUUACAACUUGUUAAAGGGAUAUUAAAAUAAAGUUGCAGAGUACAAAUGAUAAUUGGCCAUGCAAAUAAACACUUUUGACUUUUUGUUUAGGGUGGGGGUUGGGGGGAUGGUUGUUAUCUGGAUGAUUUUGUCUGUGUGUGUGUUUUUAGUGAGUAUUUUACAGCAUGUUGGUUUUUAAAUUAACAUAGCCAAGUGCUCUAAAAUAGGUUUCUUUGAGAUUCGAUUAAUCCCUUUUAGUUGAUUUUUUUAAGGAAACCAAGUUUAAGUGGGGAUUUUGUUCUUAAGGCAGCAAAACUGAGAGACCCUUUUAAACUAUUGUCAGCAUGCACAAUGCCUCUGAAUCUGCAAAUGUUAGACUCAGUGGCAACUAUUACGCCUUCUGACCCUUCACCUCUGCUGAAUAAUGUACAUAAUUCUUAAAGUGUACAACAGCUGGUUUUCAUAUAGUCAAUUAUGCAGGAGCAAAAUAUUCUGAUUGAUAUAUGUUCUGGAAGACUGAGUACUAAUGGGAGAGUGGACCAGAUAAGAGGUAAGGUGAAAUGUAAACUUUUUUAUAAUGGCCCAUAGCUAUUUUCUGUAAUAGGUAUCAAUGUACUUUUUAAAGAAAAUACAGGUUGGUAUCACUUCAUAGUGUACUUUUUAAAGAAAAUGCAGGUUGUAUGUAUAAAGAUGGAAUAAGUGUAAUAUGUGGGAGUAUUUAAUUAGCUUAAAAUUUCUAGCGAAGAAAAUGUGGCUAAAGGUUCAAAAAGGAUGUAAGUCGUGGAGCCUGAAGCACAGGGUAGUGCUUCAACUAUGGCUGAAUGUACUUAAUAAAUUUUGAGCCAGUAUUUUCAAAGAUGCUGAGGAGUGCUAUUUUGCACUAACCUUGGUCUCUAAGGAUAACGGGUUGCCCAUGUCCAGGUCUCCACUAGGGAGAGUCAGGUUUUUGUUUUGUUCAUUUUGUUUUUACCUCACCUAAGAAAUCAUUUCAUGGUUUUUCUGUUUCUUCCAGUUGUCACUUUUAUAGGCCAUUCUUUUGCUUUUAAACUGCAUUUUUCUGGUGGUUGUAUUCUUAAGGGGUCUCUUAAGAAUGAAAUAUUUGGGGUGGGGAGAGGUUUAUUUAAGCCUAAAAAUAGUAAAAAAGCAAGCUUUUAAUUAUACUUUCCUGGAAAUGAAAUCUAAUUAGAGUUUACAUUGUUGGGCGUAAAGGAGCAUUUUACCCCUCUUUUAAAAGGGUGCUUUAUCCUAUUGAAACCAAAAAGAUUUUGUCUACAAAUGCUGUCUUUUUAGAAACUACUAGAAAUGACUGCCUUCCAAAGUUAGAGUCUGGAAAAUAUAGAGGGGGCUUCUAACUAAUUAGCAGGGGCAGUUAACAUAAUUUGACUUGGGUAAUGGAAAUAUGAGAGCUCUGCAUUUUAGUUCUUAAAUUAUGUACCUACAGUAACUCCUAAAUACAGAAAUAUUCUGUAUCACUGAAUAACCUCUGACCUAAAAAAGUUUUUAUUUGCAUGGCUGUAUUUACACUAACAUAUUUUCUUCUACUCUUCUCCCUUCCUACCCCUUGGGGUUGGGUAGAAAAACACACAAAGGAAAUUGAAGCAUGUACCAUUCAAUACUGUCAUUCCAAAUCUUUACGGACUAUUGCCUGUUCUGAAAAGUAUUUGAACCUGCACUGAAAGCUGCAUCUGUCUGUAUCUUUUGUAAAUGACCUCACAUGUAAAUUCACCAAAUAAAUAUUACAUUCAAGCUUUUCUAUCCUUUAAA